GACAACUCCAGCAGCAGCACCCUCCAACAACACGAAGCGCUGUGCCGGCCGUCGAUCGGAUCUCGUGGUAGCGAGCAUCGUACAGACCCUCUGGUGGAUAUGCGCCGGGACUCGCACUGCAGCAGAGAAGAUCCCACAUCCACUGCGCUGGAACCCAAUGCGCCACGCUCAUUGGAACUGCUCGUCGUACACCGCACCACCACCACCGCCGCCGUAAGCGAAGACUGCAAGAGUAAGGGCAGCCAGCCAGCGCUGAGAGCUGCGGCGGUGCGGUGGUGCUAGAAGAAGGUGCUGAGCGUGCGCGUGCGCUCUAACAUUCUUUGGGGUAUACGCAUUGCACCUCCGACGAGCGCCUCCCAGAGCGCCGGAGGCCAUACGCAGGCACAGCGGGGAGGGCAGGGAGUCCAGGGACAGGCAUUCCCGUGGUGCUUCCAUUGGCGCGAGCUGCAUAGACUCCUGCGGCAAAACGUGCUAGCAUCGCCCAGCAGACGUCGUGGACGACGGACAACCUUCUUCUGCUGCUACUGCUGCUGCUGCUGCUACUGCUGCUGCCCUUCUGCAAGGGUGGUCUCGGGCACGACGGUGCAGGUUAUUCGCGGACAGUAACACAGAACACAGCGUAAUCUCUGCACACGCGUGACCCAGCGCUCUAGCCAGUCCAGCGGGCGCGCAGUUCACGCACUGAAGCAAGCAAGACACCGACGGACAGGCACAGCAGCAACGUGGGUCGCAGCUGAUUCAGGACCGUGCGCGAGGUGUCGGUGCUGGCGAGUACGGUUCAAUUAAUAUCCAUCAUGUCGCCGGAUGUCGAGGAUGUCUCUUCUCCAGAACCUGGCGCUGAACUGGACGACGCAGGCACCAUGGGAGAAGACGACAGAACUGCGGCUGAUGAGAAGUCGCCUAGCCAGCAGACCAACGCCUCUUCUCAGCCCCCCUCCUCCAAAAGCAACGCAAAGGAUCCGUCUCGCCCCAGGCGCAAGAAAGCGCGACGUGCUUGCUUUGCUUGCCAACGAGCACACUUGACCUGCGGUGACGAACGCCCGUGUCUCAGGUGCAUCAAGCGUGGCCUACAGGAUCAAUGCCACGAUGGCGUACGCAAAAAGGCAAAGUACCUCCAUGAUGCUCCUCCCGAGGCGCUUGUGCCUGGCUAUGCCGGGAAAAACUAUGCACCACACGGCUCUGGUAGCCUGACUGCAAUCUCCAACUCGACCACGGUGAUGCCCAGCGCCAGCUACUUCACCCCAGCCUCAGCCGGCGGCUUCCCACAGCAAUACCCUCAUGCCAGCGGACAGGGCGCCAUGGGACCACCGAGCAUGGACAAUGGCAACAUAGGCCCUGAGUUCGCCUCUGCGCAAAACGUGGAGACUCCUACCCAAUACACCAACACAUCGUCAAGUCAACAAGUUUCUCCCCAGCAAGAGUUCGUAACCACUCUUGACCAGACUCCUUCGAUCGGAACGACAGGAACCAUGGACACUACGUAUUUCGAUGCAAAUGACCCGUUAAUGUUCAAUUUUAACAUCAGCGACAUGAACUUCGGGAACCAUUACGGAGCUUUGGAGUUUGGCAUGCUCGGGCACCUUUCUUCUGGCGCCAUCAAUUCGCCCGAUGUCGACUCCAUGAAUACCAUCAGCCACUCCCAUCAGGGCAGCGUGUCGUACGACGGAAAUAGCAGCUAUCAGCCAGGCUACAAUUAUAACCAAGGCUUCCCCUCCUGGCAGACCCCUGGCACGUCAGCUUCACGACAAAGCAGCGCAACGAAUGUCUGGGCAGGCCAGUCUCAUGGCCUGGAGGCUUACGCAAUCGGAGAACAAGCAUCGUCACUCACAGGAGCAAGCCCUCACUCCCAGAACCAAGACUUUACGGGCUAUCAGUCGGCAACAACAUCUCCAGAAGCACAGUUCGUACAGCCCGAACAGAGCGCACAACCAGACCUGUUGCGGCAAAGGUUUUCGCAAGCGCAACGCAAGCAGGCUCCGUUCCCAGGCGAUUCACACACAGAGUCCGAUCGAAAACGACGGCGCAACACGUCAGAAGUCUAUUCGAGCGUACAGGCUCCCUAUCCGUACACUCAAGGAUUCCACGCUCUCACUGCACUUUUGAAAAAGCGUUUCACGCCGAAGAGGGUGCUACACAUAGCCAAAGCGCUCGCAACGAUUCGCCCAUCGUUCAUCUCAUGCAAUCAGCAUCUCGAUGAUGAUGAUCUGAUCUUCAUGGAGAAGUGCUUUCAGCGAACUCUGCUCGAGUACGAGUCCUUCUUGAACAGUUAUGGCACGCCCACAGUGAUCUGCAGAAGAACUGGAGAGAUUGCAGCUGUCAGUAAGGAAUUCUGUUUAGUUACAGGAUGGCGCAAAGACGUUCUACUUGGUAAAGAACCCAACCUCAACGUCAACACGGGCAUGUCCCCGACUCCAGGCACUCAAACCGGCACCAGCUCUAGAGGAGCAGCCACGCCCAGGAUUUCCAGUCUCGAAGUAGACUCGGGAAGGCCACAGCCAGUUUUCUUGGCUGAGCUCAUGGAUGAGGAUAGCGUGGUCCAAUUCUAUGAAGACUUUGCCGAGCUGGCUUUUGGCGCAUCCAAGACGUCUAUCAUCAGUGCGCCGUGCUCUCUGCUCAAGUAUCGCACCAAAGAGGAUCCUGGCUGGGGACCGAAUGAUCACCUCGCUGACGAUGGUAAACGCAUGAAAGCGUCCGAUGAGGUCAAGACGGAAAAUGUCAUCAGGGGCGAAGCUGGAAUGAAUGCGCUGGGCGAGCGGGAUGGCCGAGUGAGCUGUCAGAUGUGCUGGACGGUGAAGCGUGAUGUCUUCGACAUACCUAUGCUCAUUGUCAUGAACUUCCUCCCCAUCAUAUGAGGCGUGUGACGACUUUCUUUUUCCUCACGAUACUUAAUGCUGACACGUAAUGCAAUUGUCGACCGUCUGGCACGGCGUCUCUCCCUGUGGCGAUGGGCUUCGGCGCUCAUUGGAAAUAAUUGGCGUAGGAGGUGAAGAAUGUAAACACGAUUAAUCGGUACCUAGUGCAGCAUAGGAGUGACAGUUGGACAGCAUGCAAUCCGCAUUAUGUUAGCACUGGCAGACAUUAUCUGGGAGCUCGAGUGAAUGAGAUGGUAUUGAUCUAUUCUGCGGUGGAUGCAAUCGUCUCUAUGAAGGAAGACGUUGCGUCCUCCCUCUAGCUGGCGAGUUCCCCUUUGCCCUCAAACUCGACCAGAUAUGGAUCUCUCGCUAGAUUCGCAUAGGCUGGCCUGCUCAGACUUCGGCCAGCAACGUCUAUGUCGGUCUUGAUGUCUUCGAUUAAGCUUUCCUUACUCACGUAGUCGAGCUCCGGCCGGAUGAAGCCUAGAAUGAGCAAAUUCAUGUGGCUCUCGUAAAAGUCCGUCUCAAAGUCUCGCAUGAUGUGCACCUCGACGCUCCGCACCGUGUUCUUGUAGAAUGGGUUCCAUCCGAUCGACAUCACCAUGGGAAACACGGCUCCCUGGUCUGCCGAGAUGGCACUCAAGUCGGACUGGCUCGAGCCGAGUGCGCUGUAGACGUCGGGGGACAUGAGCUUGUAAUCGGAUUUCUUGCCAGAAAGAUGCUGGCGGACUGCUUGAGAAGGCGACAGUCCUGCCCAGCCAUAGUAGACGCCAGAUUCGAGGUCCUCGUGGCCGCCGACUGACAGUCCCGACAGGGGGAUGUUGGCAGUGGGAAUACCCAGCUCUUUGCUGCCACGCCCAAACCCUUUGAUGACCUUGCCAUCUAGUUUGAGCGGAAAUGGAGGUUCAGGCCCAGCAUCAUUGCCUACAAUCGCAGGUCGGGGGCCGUCGGGUCUCAUUCCGGGGACAGUGAAUGUGGUGUGAGCCAGG